GCAAGUUACAACAACGUAACAACGAUCUACAGCGAUCGUACGUACGAUACGUGUGACUUCGCCAACUCUCUUAGGUGGAAUUGUAAAACUAUCGGAUUUUGCAAUUCCAGGUUAUAAUUACAAAAUCAGCAAGUGUUUACCCUUUAAAAAAUAUACCGAAACGAAUUACUCAAUGAUGAUGCACUCAAUAAGGAAUGCGAUUAAAACUACAGUCGUAUCGUUGGCGAGGUAUCUACAACAUCCAGCGAAAUCACCAAUCUCAAAGGCUACAGCUCUUUCAAUGCCUCAGCAUCACUAUAGAUUACUCAACACACUAACCAGAUUGAAUUCAAAAAAUCAAGGAAAUACAGAAUUGUCUGAGCAGUCGGGAGAUAAGUCACCGGCACAAGCUCUAGGAAAGUUAGAGGGAAAAUUUCUCCUGAGUUUUACCUGCAAAAAAUGUAAUACAAAAAACCAGAAGAUUAUAUCUAAAAUUGCUUAUCAAAAAGGAGUUGUAAUAGUGAGGUGUGACGGAUGUAAGAAUAAUCAUUUCAUAGCAGACAAUCUUGGAUGGUUCCCAGAUCUUCAGGGCAAAAAAAACAUCGAACAAAUAUUAGCGACAAAAGGGGAAAAGGUUCAUAGAACGAUCAAUUACAGCGAAGGAUAUUUUGAGGCUGUUGCAGAAGAGGCAUUUGCCAAAAUGCAAACACAGGAAAAUGAUUUGGUCAGAAAAACAGCAGCCAAAGAAAAAGAGGAUAUUCCCAAGACCGAUUACAUGAAACUUGGCACCGAAGUCAAAACUUAACAUCCAAGUAAUUAUUGGCCUGUUUGCUGAUGGCUGAAAAAUGUAAGAUUUUUUUCCCAUGUGAGAAUCAAUGACGUUGAGCCGUUAAAAAGGUUGUAAAUUACUUCAAAUAUUUGUGGUAUAUUCAGCUUAUUUCAAGUGCUACGACAGAUACAAAAAUAUUAAAUAUUAUCAUCCUUUGACAAUGAAAUGCAUAUAAUAGCAUGAUUCCUUUUUGUUAUUUUCUUAAAAAAACAAAAAUGUUUCUUGUUUGGACAAUGUUUAAUAGAUUUAUCUAUUGGUAUUGGUAUGUUGUAAAAUAACAAAUAUUUUUUUUUGCACGUAAAUUUAAAAUAAAUAUAUCAAAUUAA